CACGGUGGCGGACUUUGUCACAGCGAGCAGGAGACAGGGUCACAGCAGGACAGGGUCACACUCCUGUCAGACCUGCUGUCCCUGAGGGCUGUCCAUCAUGUUAACGGUGCUCUGCUCCUUAGAGGGGAGUCCCCAGGAGCGACCCCCCUCCAGGGGCAGAGCUCACACGGUCUGUGGGCAUGAGGGGUCUCUGCAGCCCCGUGAGAACCUGCCUCCUGCACAAAUGCUCUCGGUGUGGCCCCCGAAAUGUACUCGUGCUUCAGUUCCGAGACCUCCUGACAUUCGUCCUCUCGCUGUCAGGGGUCAGGACACUGCAGGUGAGCGAGUUCCCAUGACCUGUUCAAGAGGACGCUCCCUUGGGACCAGGAGGGAUUCCAGCCUCGCCUCAAAUUCAUGGCACCCUCCUGCCUUCUCAGGUGUCUGCAGCACUGUGACCCAGAGUCCUGGAGCCCGUGGGUCUGCUGUGGACGAUUCUGGAAUUCCUGUUCCUCUGAAUGGGAUUCAGGGAGCUCCUGUGCUGUUUCAAGUGAUCAGAAAUCCAGAAUUACCUCCAGAAUUUGAGCUGGAGAAGAUGUCUUGGGGCGUCGUAUCCAGAUCAAAUUACAUAGUCAUGCUGCACGUGUUUCCUGGGAGAGAUGUUCCAGAAUGGGUCAACUUCCAGGACAAGUUCAAGAAGAGGGUCCAUGUGCUCAACACAACGACCCUGAGGAUUGACAAUCUGACCCUUGAAGACAGUGGGCUGUACCGGGCUCGACAGUCCUAUACGAGAGGAAGACAAUAUGACCAGGAUUUCCACCUGAUGGUCUAUGAGCCUGUGCCCCUUCCCCAGAUCCAGGCCACAGUUCUGUCCCUCACACCAGGCUGGUGCAACAUCACCAUGGAGUGUAACACCACGGAAACCAGGGAGGACCUGAGGGUGUCCUGGGAGAGCGAGGGUCUCCCCAGGGAGCUGGAGCAGAGACCGGCCCCAGGACCAGCCCCCAACCCCUGGACACUGGCUGCGACCCUGCCCCUGAGCCGGCCGAGCCCCAGCUUCACCUGUGUGGUCAGCAACCAGGCGGACAAGAAAACAGCCUCCCAGGACCUUGGGGAUGUCUGUGGCCACGAUCCAACUGGAGAAGCCUCUGCUGUCCACGAGGGAGUCAUCCCAUGGAUUGUUGUUCCUGUGCUGGGGGUCCUCGGAGCUCUACUGUGACUUUAUGUGACAAGUAGGAAGAAGAUGAUGGAGCCUGGGAGAGGCAGGCUGCAUUUCUCCAUCCCUCCCGCACUGGACCCUGGGCUCCUGUCCUGUAUUUCUCUGCUCAGGGGAUGUCCCUGCAGGAGGCUGGCUGCUGUGGCCGUGGCUGUGGGGGCCAUGGAGGGGGAGGGAGGGUACAGGCUUCCAGGGUCAGAGUCAACCUCCAUAUGUGUAUGACUCAUGGCCAGGAUCACAGGAGGAGCCCAGGGACCCUGAUUUUGGCAUCUAUAAUAGAAAGCAGGUGUCUGGAGACACCGGGGAUGGGGAUGGGGCAGCCUGGGUUCUCCCAAGUCCCUCUGUGCCUGGGUGCCAGUCCCAGUUACCUGCAGCUCCUGGCCUCCAUGCCUCUGUACCCUUUCUGGACAAUGCAGUAUUAACUUAAAAAUUCUCUAGGGGUCCAUGCAGUGGUGGGCACUAGGGGAGGUCAUGUGCAGCCCUGGGUCUCUGUGGGUCUCUGUGGUUCCCUCUGUAUCCUUUGCGUCCCUCAGCUGUUCCUGGAACCCUCUGCCUGCAUUCCAGGGUAGGGGAGAACCACAUCUAGAAGAGGAGAACUCUCUCACUACUGUCUACGGUGAGGUCCACAGGCCAGGCCAGGACAUGACCAUGAUUUAAUGAGAAGAAGCAGGAGACUCCCGCCCCAGUGACUCCUGUCUCUUGAGCACGAUGCCCGCAGCUCUUUUCCUGUCUCUUCCACCUCAGACGGCUCUGAGCAGGGAAUGGAUGGGUCCAGCACUUAUUUCUGUGCUAAAUCCUUGUGCACAAGCUCCCUGUGAGACACACACAGUGGUAGAUCAGGGAAACUGAGUAAAUAAACUGGUCCAAACCUGUUACAGGAA